AUGACCUUGCCUGCAGUAUGGCAAACACAAUCUGAAGAUCAGAAGAUGAGUGACUGUGAGGACAGAGGGGGGGAUGGAAGGUCCUCGGUGUCAGACUGUGUAUCGUUGAAGAGUAACAAGUCCAGAGGUCGUCUUAUUGACUUCAGUAAUGAUCCUGCAGGCUCAGAGAAAUGUUUGUCUGUAGCGUGUCAGUUUCCCCAAACACAAUCUGAAGAUCAGAAGAUGAGUGACUGUGAGGACAGAGAGGAGGACGGAAGGUCCUCUGUGCCAGACUGUGUAUCGUUGAAGAGUGACAAGUCCAGAGGUCGUCUUAUUGACUUCAGUAAUGAUCCUGCAGGCUCAGAGAAACGAACUGUGAAGAGGAGUGCUCCAGUGGAGGAGCAGCAGUCCAGCUGUGCUUCAUGUCAAAAUGUCCCUAAAGAUCCAGUUUCCACCAGCUGUGGACACUGGAUCUGUGCACAGUGCAUCAGCUCAUGCAAAGACCAGUCUGCUUCAUCAGGAGAGUCCUACUGUCCUCGGUGCGGGAAAAAAUCCAGACUACAGAGGCAGAGGUCCAGUCAGCUCAGCACAGCACAAAAUAUUGAUCUGAAGGCUGUUUUAGAGGAGCAUAAGACCAAUCUGAGAAGGAUAUGUGAAAGUGUGGCUGAAGGAACCAACGAAGCAGGAACUAGAACCUCCUUCAACAAGGUCUACACUGAGCUCUACAUCACUGAGGGACACAGUGAGUAUGUUGACAACCAACAUGAGGUGAGGCAGCUUGCCAAGAUGAAGACCCUCUAUGAGACUGCAAUCAAAUGCCAAGACAUAUUCAAACCCUUAUCAGACCAACAGACACGGACCAGGGUCGUUCUGACGAACGGCGUCGCUGGUGUUGGAAAAACCUUCACAGUGCAAAAGUUCAUUUUGGACUGGGCAGAAGGUUUAGAAAACCAGGACAUCAGUCUGGUGAUUCUGCUUUCAUUCAGGGAGCUGAACUUGAUCAGAGAUGAGCAGUACAGUCUUCUUAAGCUGCUCCAUGUUUUCCAUCCAACACUAAAGAAGAUCCCAGCAGAGUCCCUCACCGUCUGUAAGGUUUUGUUCAUCUUUGACGGUCUGGAUGAAAGUAGACUUUCAUUCGAUUUCCCAAACACUGACGUUGUGUCUGAUAUCUCAAAAGCAUCAUCAGUCAGUGUGCUGUUAACAAACCUCAUCAAGGGGAAUCUGCUUCCCUCAGCUCUCAUCUGGAUCACGUCUCGACCUGCAGCAGCCAAUCAGAUCCCUCCGUCAUGUGUUGACAGGGUAACGGAAGUACGAGGCUUCACCGAUGCCCAGAAGGAAGAAUACUUCCGGAAGAGGUUUACUGAUGAAGAUCUGUCUGAAAGAAUCAUCUCACACAUCAAGACAUCCAGGAGCCUCCACAUCACGUGUCUGAUCCCAGUCUUCUGCUGGAUCACUGCUACAGUCCUGGAGCACAUGAUGACCACAAAGCAGAGUGGAGAGCUGCCCAAGACCCUGACGGACAUGUACUCACACUUCCUGUUGGUUCAGACAAAGAGGAAGAAGCAGAAGUAUGAGACAACACAUGAGCUUACCAAAGCUGACAGUGAAGUCCUUCUGAAGCUGGGGAAACUGGCAUUUGAACACCUGGAGAGAGGAGACAUCAUGUUCUACCAAGAAGACCUGGAGCGCUGUGGUGUUGAUCUCACAGAGGCCUCGGUGCGCUCAGGAGUUUGUACAGAGAUUUUCAGAAGAGAGUGCGGGAUCUUCGACAUACCAGUCUACUGCUUUGUACAUCUUAGCGUUCAGGAGUACCUGGCUGCAGUCUACAUGUACCAUAGUUACACCAUCAGGAACACUGAUGCAGUGGACACUUUUAUUGGGAAGAAGUCCCUGUAUUUCUUUCUGAGAGGAGCUAUGGAGAAAUCCCUCGAAAGUAAAAAUGGCCACCUGGAUCUGUUUAUUUGCUUUCUUCAUGGCCUUUCUCUAGAGCCCAACCAAAGACUGUUAGGAGGACUGCUGGGCCACACAAACCACAGUCCAGAAAUCAUCAGAAGAGUCAUCAAAAAUCUGAAGGAGAUGAACAAUGAAGAGAUCUCUCCAGACAGAAGCAUCAACAUCUUCCACUGUCUGACAGAGAUGAAUGACCUCUCAGUGCAUCGGGAUAUCCAGGAGUUUCUAAAGUCAGAGAGAAGACCUCAGAAACUCUCUGAGAUCCACUGCUCAGCUCUGGCCUACAUGCUGCAGAUGUCAGAAGAGGUUCUGGAUGAGUUGGACCUGCAGAAGUAUAACGCAUCAGAACAGGGGCGACUGAGACUGAUUCCAGCAGUCAGGAACUGCAAAAAGGCUCUAUUUUCUGACAGUGGAAUAACAGACACUCAUUGUGAAAUUGUGGCCUCAGCACUGAAGACCAACCCCUCCCAUCUGAGAGAGCUGGACUUGUCCAACAACAAGCUGCAAGACUCAGGAGUGAAGCAGCUGUCAGCUGGACUGAGGAGUCCAAACUGCAGACUCGAGCAUCUAAGGUUGUGGAGCUGCAGUUUGUCAGAGAGCAGCUGUGAGUCUCUGGCCUCAGCUAUAAAGUGCAACCCCUCUCAUCUGAAAGAGCUGGACCUGAGCAGCAACAAGCUGCAGGAUGGGGCAGUGGAGCUGCUUUGUGAUUUCUUGAAGAGUUCACUGUGUGGACUGGAGUCUCUGAGAUUAUGGCACUGCAGUUUGUCAGAGAGCAGCUGCGUUUCUCUGGCCUCAGCUCUGAAGACCAACCCCUCCCAUCUGAAAGAGCUGGACCUGAGCCUCAACAAGCUACCUGAUUCAGGAGUGGAGCUGCUAUGUGGCUUUCUGAAGAGUCCAAAAUGUGACUUAGAGACCAUGAGAUUGAAGGACUGCAGAUUGUCUGAGAUCAGCUCUGUUUCUCUGGCUUCUGCCCUGAAAUCCAACCCUUUCUAUCUGAGAGAGCUGGAGCUGAGCUGCAACAAGCUGCAGGACUCUGCAGCAUCGCUGCUGUGGGAUUUUCUGAGGACACCAAAGUGUAGACUGGAGACUUUGGAAUUGCUUUACUGCAAUUUGUCAGAGAUCAGCUGUGCUUCGCUGACUUCUGCUGUGAGGUCCAGAUCUUCAUCUCUAAAGAAGCUAGUGCUGAAAGGAAACAAGCUGCGAGAUGAAGACCUGGAGGUGCUGCGAGGUCUUGAGGAGAGUACACACAACAGUCUGCAAUCUCUGAGGUUUUAGUGAUAUCUGUCCCAGUGAUGAUGAAGAUGACCAGCUUUUCCCUGAUGAUCCAGAGACACUGAAGCAGCAGCAGCUUUUGUGUGAUGUAUCCUAAACUGCUACUGAGAAUCUGAAAGAGAACUCACAACCAAUGAACAUCAGUCUUUUCACGUGAGCCACCACCUGGUAAAGAUGGCAUCAUGCCAGACUAUAUAGCCUUGGCUGACAGACUGGCCCCACUACAAGUGUGAUUCUGACCGUUCAUUGUAUGCUGACGUCUCUGCGACUGUGCUGGAGUUCAAAGGUUGUCAUGGAGGCAGGUCCAAGAUUGUCAGUUAUUGCUACAACAGGAGCUGUCUUUGUGAUGCUUGCAGACCAAGAUUGUUACAGUUAACUAAAACUAACUAAAUAACUAAAACUAAAAUUUGAAAAAUAUU